GAAGUUAGACACACGUCGGCUGCCGUUUGACAUUUACCGAUUUGAGGUUUUGUCGUAGUGUCAAACAACACAUGUAGAAAACUAAAUAUGUGCUGCUUUUGACGCAAAACGAAAUAAAACCGAAAUUUCGAAUCGUUUGAAUGGUGUGAAAUAAAUACGGUUUUUUAAAAAUAUGCAGUGUUUGCUAAGGACGUUUAGCAAUACUAAACGAAAUGUCUGUAAAAUAGGUUCCGUCGAACAUGCACUGAACCGAUCACUUGUCCAUCGAACGAAACCGGAGCGAUCGAGUUUGAUAAAAGUUGCGGUAGUCGGUUCGGGUUCGUUUGGUGAACCAUCCGCUUUAAUUGUUAGGACUUGUGAUAAUUUUGUGCAUUUGUUCAACUGUGGCGAAGGUACGUUUCGUUUGAUGUAUUCCAGAGCACAUCGAUUCAGAUACCUGGCAAAUGUUUAUUGUACGACCAAUCGAUGGGAACGAAUCGGAGGUGUACCAUCACUGGCUCGGGCCGUAUUUGAUCGGAAUACAUUGUUUCCCACAUUUCAUGGACCACCGCAGAUUGAAAAGUAUUUAAACAAAUUUGCCGAACUCACCGAUUUAGAUCCUGAAAAGGCAAUAACAGAGCGGACAUUCAAUCGAAAAGAUUUCCAUGAAGACAGUCAUAUUCAAGUGGAUUUUGUCGAAUUACAUCGAGAACAUGCAUCCAGUUCAGAUGAUAUGACCGUGAUGGCAUUCGUGUGCCGAUUACAGCCACGCAAAGGAUCAUUCUUUUUGUCCAGAUUCACCGAAAAACAAAUCCCAAUGGAACACAUCAAAGCAAUUAGCGAGGGUAAAAAUGUUACACUAGCCGAUGGCACAACAUAUUACGGUAAAGACUUUUUGUCACCCGGUUUUCCUGGCGGAAAUUUCUUAAUAAUCGAUGUUCCGUCGAGGGAAUAUUUGCCGGAUUUGGAGCGAAAUAAAUUAUUGAACGGACAUAUAGAUGAAAUAAAUUCACAAAUUGGACUGGAAUUCAUUGCCCAUUUCACAUCAUCUGACAUCGUUGAUACACCCGAAUAUCAAGAGUUUAUGCGUCGCUCGAAAGCCAAAAAACAUUUAGCCAUAAAUGAUACUAAUAUGUAUUGCGGUUUAAAACACGUACACUUGAUGCAGCAAAAGUUGAAUCAUAUGGAUGCUGACAUUUAUCCAAAUCUUUAUUCGAAAUUCACCACAACGCGUCGGACGUAUACGAGUUUAGAUAAUGAAAAUCUGGAUGUCAACCUGAGUGAACCGCUAUGUAUCGAACCAACUGUGCCAGGUACACGGUAUCUAUUUCCAAUGAAUGGUAGAAUCAGUAAUAAAGAACUGGAAAAAGCAGCAAACGAUGAUGAAGAAGAUUCGGAUAGUAGCGAUGAAGAUGUUGCUUCGGAUGAUGAAGCCGAAGCACACAUAUCUACAGUUCGAGCCAAUAUUUUCCCAAAAAUCGUAUUCUUGGGCACGGGAUCAUCAUUUCCAGGCGUUACAAAAACCGUUACUGCUAUUUUGGUGCAUACCGCGCCCGAUUCAUCGAUUUUGCUGGAUUGUGGCGAAGGAACCGUUGGACAAAUUUGCCGAUUUUAUGGUAGUCGAACGGAGGAUGUUAUUCGAAAUAUCAAAGCACUACACAUAACUCAUAUGCAUGGUGAUCAUCAUAUGGGUGUUAUGGAUUUGAUUCGAACGCGGCAAAAGUAUAUGCCUCAAAAUCGUCCACCACUCUUGUUAAUGGCACCGGAACAACAGUUUUCCGCAUUACUCAACUUCUAUGAAGAGAAUUUCGGUAAUGUUCGAGACGAAUUUAUAAUGAUCAACAAUGAAGAUUUAAUAAACUCGGGAUUGACCGAUGAACAAAAGGCUUUGUUAAAUAUCAACGACUUGAAAACAUGUCGAGUUCCACACUUGGAAUUCUCCUAUGCAAUUAGUAUAAAAUCAAAUAUUCUACCCGACAAUAAGGAAGAGUUUAAAUUGACAUUCAGCGGUGAUACGAUACCAUGUGACUCGUUGAUUGAACUCGGUAGAGAUUCCAAUCUGCUGAUUCACGAAGCGACCUUAGAGGAUACAUUAGCGGCCAGUGCGGCAACAAAAAAACAUAGUACAAUAUCACAGGCCAUUGAACAAGGCCAUAAAAUGCAAGCCAAAUACACCGUGUUGACACAUUUUAGUCAGCGGUAUCGAGUUUUACCGCCAAUCAAUGACGAACUCAUAGCCAAUAAAAAUAUCGGAAUCGCUUUCGAUAACAUGGAAAUUGUGCCGAACGAUCUAGGCAAAUUGAAUGAUUUAUAUUUAAAAUUAAAAGAAACGUACGCCCAAGAACUGGCGCGAGUGGAAAAAAGAUCCGAAAAAUAUGCACGACGAAGUGAUCUUAAUUUUGAACGAUUGUCAGAUUAGAAUAGUAUUUUAUAAAAUAAAGCAUGUAAAUAAAUAUGA